CGAGGCGCCCAGCUCCCCUAGGAAGUCAAGGCUGCUCCUCCUUGUCCGACACUUGCCCUGUCCGUGGUGCUGAAACAUUCUGUCGCCUCCGGCGCAGUGGAACGCAGGGCGCUGUCUGCCUCUCUGGAAACCUAAGCUUCCAGGACACCGCCCAAAUAAGAACUGUGUAUCUGCUGUUCACUCACGUCCUCAAAGAGCAGCUGAGCUUCUUAAUUCCCCACUGCCGCAAAGCAGAGUUUCGCGGCGCGAUGGGAGGAGACCUCGAUGAGGCAACUGGCAGCAGCAUUCUCACCUGAGACCUGGGAAGGUGCCCUAAGUUCUUAAAGCGUUCAGCUCCUCACAGCGCAGGCACCAUUUUAAAAGAGUAGUGUUGAGUUUACCCUUACACAAGGGCUUGGUAACAUUUCCCAAUCCUCUGUGUAAAACUUGGAUGGCUUGAUUGCAAUAAACCUUCAAAACCGGCUAUUUACAUUUUUUAGUGAGCCAACUUCCUAGGACAAGGACGCUUCGACACCCGCCCAAAUACCAUGGCGCUGCGUGCACCACCGGAUCCUCCCCUUCCAAUGAGACUUUCUGGUUGUGUCUACCAGCUCUCCUAUUAGGAAACCCGUGGGUUGCAUGCUGUUGUAUUCUCCUUCUGGCUCUCCCUCCCCUCUCUCACUCGCACUCUGGCUGGAGGCUCACCAAUACCAUUCGUUGAGAAGAAAAAAACCCACAACUACCUUAAGCGAUUGGGACAAUAUGCGCCACCCUCGCCUUUCCUAGCCACCACUAUCAAAACCUGGCAGGGCAGGACACAGUCUUUGCAAGAAUGGAGUCGGUAAAACAAAGGAUUUUGGCCCCUGGAAAAGAGGGAAUAAAGAAUUUUGCUGGGAAAUCUCUCGGCCAGAUCUACAGGGUGCUGGAGAAGAAGCAGGAUGGCGGGCAGAACAUCGAGCUGACUGAAGAUGGAAAGCCGCUGGAGGUGCCUGAGAAGAAGGCUCCCCUGUGCGACUGCGCCUGCUUUGGCCUGCCCCGCCGCUACAUCAUUGCCAUCAUGAGCGGCCUGGGUUUUUGCAUCUCCUUCGGCAUCCGCUGCAACCUGGGCGUGGCCAUCGUGGACAUGGUCAACAACAGCACCAUCCACCGUGGGGGCAAAGUCAUCAAGGAGAAAGCCAAGUUCAACUGGGACCCGGAAACCGUGGGGAUGAUCCAUGGGUCCUUCUUCUGGGGUUAUAUCGUCACUCAGAUCCCAGGCGGGUACAUCGCAUCGCGGCUGGCGGCCAACAGGGUUUUUGGAGCUGCCAUACUUCUCACCUCUACCCUAAAUAUGCUCAUCCCAUCGGCAGCCAGAGUGCACUACGGAUGUGUUAUCUUUGUUAGGAUACUGCAAGGACUUGUGGAGGGCGUCACCUACCCAGCAUGCCACGGGAUCUGGAGCAAGUGGGCCCCUCCUCUGGAGAGGAGCAGGCUGGCCACCACCUCCUUCUGCGGGUCUUAUGCUGGAGCUGUGAUUGCGAUGCCUUUAGCUGGCAUCCUGGUGCAGUACACUGGCUGGUCUUCAGUGUUUUAUGUCUAUGGAAGCUUUGGAAUGGUCUGGUACAUGUUUUGGCUUUUGGUGUCUUAUGAGAGCCCUGCCAAGCACCCUACGAUUACAGAUGAAGAACGUAGGUACAUAGAAGAAAGCAUUGGAGAGAGUGCAAACCUUUUAGGUGCAAUGGAAAAAUUCAAAACCCCAUGGAGGAAGUUUUUCACAUCUAUGCCAGUCUACGCAAUCAUCGUUGCAAAUUUCUGCAGAAGUUGGACUUUUUACCUAUUGCUCAUCAGUCAGCCAGCAUACUUUGAGGAAGUCUUUGGAUUUGAAAUAAGCAAGGUGGGCAUGCUUUCCGCUGUGCCUCAUUUAGUAAUGACGAUCAUUGUGCCCAUUGGAGGGCAGAUUGCAGACUUCUUACGAACCAAGCAGAUUCUGUCAACUACGAAUGUGAGGAAGAUCAUGAACUGUGGUGGCUUCGGCAUGGAGGCUACUCUGCUGCUGGUUGUAGGGUAUUCCCACACCAGGGGGGUGGCCAUCUCCUUCCUGGUGCUUGCUGUGGGGUUCAGUGGAUUUGCUAUUUCUGGCUUCAAUGUGAACCACUUGGACAUUGCUCCAAGGUAUGCCAGCAUCCUCAUGGGCAUUUCGAAUGGUGUGGGUACACUCUCAGGAAUGGUUUGCCCUAUCAUUGUUGGUGCGAUGACAAAGAACAAGUCGCGCGAAGAGUGGCAGUACGUCUUCCUCAUUGCUGCCCUUGUCCACUAUGGUGGAGUUAUAUUUUACGCAAUAUUUGCUUCAGGAGAAAAACAACCUUGGGCAGACCCUGAAGAAACAAGUGAAGAAAAAUGUGGAUUUAUUCACGAAGAUGAACUGGAUGAAGAGACAGGGGAUAUUACUCAGAAUUAUAUAAAUUAUGGUACCACCAAGUCUUAUGGCUCCACCACACAGGCUAACGGAGGUUGGCCUGAUGGCUGGGGAAAGAAAGAAAGACUUGUGCAAGAAGAAACACAAGACACAUACGCCUGCCAGGACCAAGACAGUUAUUCAUAACAAACCCAAUGGUGGAUUUCUUUUCAGUGUUUGUGAUUAAUUGUGAUUGCACAAAAAAAAAAAAAUGUGGUGUAAACAUAUCAGCCAGGCAA